AUGAUGUCUAUGAUGAUCGAUCAAGAAUUUCAAUAUAGAAGCACAAGUUAUCAACCAUUUACUAUUGUUACAGUAUCGGAUGUACGUGACUGUCAAAUUGCUUGUUUAGCUCAAGUCCAAUGUCGCACGGCUAAUUUUCGCAAAACAACUAAUCAGUGUCAAUUAUUCACAAUAGCAUCGUCCCAAACUGGUAUCAUAUCGGCAAAUAUGGGGACUGCAGUCAUGACCAUUAUCGAUGGAACACGUGUGCCUCCUGGUUAGUAUAAACGUAAAAUUGUUUUAUUUUUUAUUUAAAGAAAUUAUUUGAAAUAUAAAAUGGAAACAAGUAUAAAGGAACCUGUUUCUUCAUGAAAUAGAUUCGGUAGUUUCUGAAAACAACAUAUUCUAAAUCUUAUAGAUAAAGAUUUUUCAUCAAAACAAAGUAGCGAAUUAGAGGAAAAUCCCACAUCCAAAUCGAUGAUCAUUUAUUUCUUGUAGUUUAGCUUAUACAUCUAUGUGAUGAGAUACGAAUAAAAAAAACAAAAAAAACAAAAUCAAGGAUCAUCAAAUAAUUAAAUCAAUAGAUGUUUGACCUAACAUAAAAGAAAAAUCUAUUGAGACUGCUCUAAUAAUUUCGAUUUUAGUUAUCGCUUACUAUUCGAUGAGUAUCUUGCACACGGGAAGUAUUUUGUGUAGAAACAAAAAUACAAAAAUGAUAUGCACAAAAUGAAUGGGCAGUUCUAUGCAACAUCCCUAGAGAAAGUACUGAGUUCAGGAUACCCAUGUACUGAGAAAGCCUCAGCAGGGUACCCGAUAUGGGUACUUCGAAAAUUUUCAGUAAUUAUACUGACGUAGGUGCUGCAUUGGGUACCCAUUGCAGUAUGUUUACUGAACAAGUACUUGCAUGAGUACCCGCACCUGUAAUUUUACUAGGAAAAGCUCUACAUGGUACCCUAGAUUUGUUGCGUUCUGUGUAGCAACUGUUCAUUCACCGUUUUCUUUUGCAUAUACGGCUUCAUAUAAGCAACUCGAGGAUGCAUAAGAAAAAAAUAUUUUUUCAUACUAAUUUUUUCUAGAUUAUUUUUCUUGACUAUUUACUAGUCGAGGACAUGCUGAUCUCAAUCGUAGAUUGAGAGAGGACUACCUUGAAGCGGUCUGAUGGAGAUCCGACCAAUUCGCGUCCUGUCAGAUCUCGAAAUUUGACCUGCUUGGGUUUUCAGAAUUAGAAAAAUAAAAUAAAAUAAAAUCGAGAAAAUAUCAUAAGUUGCUUUGAGAGAAACAAAAAUGAAAAAAAGCCAGAGGUUAGUUUCAAUCAUCAACAUACUGUAAGUUUGGCAACAGGGUACCCAAAAUUACUGAACAAUAGUACCCAGU